ACACAUGUUAUUGUCAAUUUGUCAUCGACAGCUGUUCAGUGUCCGUCAGAAAAGAAUAUUUUUCAAUAAUUUUAUCUUGGCAGUGAAUACCGAGCGUGUGGUGAAAAAAUGCAAUUUGAUUUUAUUCCAGAAACUUAUACAAAGCGGACUUUUAUUUGUUCUGCUGCUUCGAAUUUUCUCGUUUUUAUUUGUUGUCAUUGUUAACGUCUUUCAAAAUGCCCUAUUUUUAGCUAGUGCGUCUUCACAAAGGAUUAAAAAUGAGCUCCAAGCGCAAAUCUGUGUUCAGAGAUAUCUACAGAAGGCAAAUUAAUAACAACAUUAGAAGCUUUGCAGAAAAUACCAAAGAUGAUGAAAGUCUCAUACAGCGUUUGGGUCUUCUCAAAAGCCUUCCAAUUCAUCAAGGAUGUGUGAAUACAAUCAGUUGGAAUGAAACUGGAGAGUACAUUCUAUCUGGCUCAGAUGAUCAACAUUUAGUGAUCACAAAUGGCCACAAUUACAAAGUGAAGUCCAACUACUGCACUAGUCACCAUGCAAACAUAUUCAGUGCAAAAUUCCUGCCAAGAUGUGGUGAUAAUCAAGUGGUUUCAUGUUCUGGAGAUGGUAUUAUAUUACACACAGAUCUAAAUAGGUCUCAAGAAACUUACGAUAAUCAAUUUAACUGUCAUGGUGGAACGACAACUUAUGAAGUUGUAACUAUCCCUAAUGAUCCCUCUUCAUUCUUGAGUUGUGGGGAAGACGGUACUGUACGCUGGUUCGAUUUGAGAACAAAAUCGAGCUGUACCAAACAAAGGUGCAAAGACGACAUAAUAGUGUCUUGUCAAAGGGCCGUAACUGCUCUAGCUGUCAGCCCGACAUCUUUCAAUCAAUUAGCAGUUGGUUGUGCGGAUUCCACAGUGCGUAUCUAUGAUAGGAGAAAGCUUAGUACUCAACACGGAGAUCAUUUGCUUGCUAGGCCAUUUUGUACUUUUGUAGCCCCUCAUUUCGGGGCUGAUAGGCACAAUAGAAUCACAUCACUGAGUUACAGCACUGAUGGAAGAGACAUGUUGGUCAGCUAUUCUUCAGAUUAUCUAUAUCUAUUUACAGUUCAGGAAAACACUGCCACCCAGCUGAAGAAACCCAGCAAGAAGAUGUCGCCGUGGGAGCGGAUCAGGGCGGCGGCGGCAGGAAAAAGAGACAGGCUGUCCCCGCCGCCAGUGAGAAGGUUGCGUCUCAGGGGAGAUUGGUCUGAUACGGGUCCAGAUGCUCGCCCUGAGAGGGACGGCUCAACCACAACUAGUCUCGGGCAGGCGAGGCCGCAACUGCAAGCCACCCUGAUGCAGCGCAUGACGGACGUGCUGUCGCGCAUGCUCAACGAUCCGAUGACCAGGGCGGCGCUGAGCGCGGGCGGCGAAGACUCGCUCGAUCCCGAAGAGGGCGUGGCCGAGAACAGGGAGGGGCCAGCCCGAGAGGGGGCGGGACCGGGCGGGGCUCAGGGAAACGAGGCGGGGACAGCCGGACGAAGCGCCACCGUCCCGCUAUCUGCGGCCACGCCUACUACGACCACGCCCCUGCCCAGUACGACCACGCCCCCCGCCACGGCCACCGCCCACCUGCACGGCCAUCUCACUGCGCUGCGCAACCUGCGCGAAGGCUUCAUCGAGCAACAUGGCGCCGAGCCGUCGGUCAGUUUCCGCUAUUCGCAGCAGAGCACCUCGAACAGUACGAUCAGUCUGAGAGUGGGCAGGGAGGUGAGCAACGGCGGGGGAGGGGGAGGGGCCGAAGGAGAAGGGAGGGGUGAUGAUGUCGAGAGGAUGAACACUGAUGUUGACUUGGAUUAUCCAGAGGAAUAUGUUGAAGCUGAGAGUAAAAUGGAAUGUGAUGACAAGAAGGUGGAAGAAGAGUUCUGCAUUCAUGAAGCAGAAAUGAAAAUGAAAUAUGUGGGGCACCGGAAUUCAAGAACAAUGAUCAAGGAGGCGACUUUCUGGGGCGACGAGCACGUCAUGUCAGGCUCGGAUUGCGGUCACGUGUUCGUGUGGCGGCGCGACUCGGGCGCGCUGCGUAUGCUGCUGCAGGCCGACCAGCACGUGGUCAACUGCCUGCAGCCGCACCCGACCUUGCCCCUAUUGGCCACCAGCGGCAUCGAUCACGACGUCAAGCUGUGGGCGCCCGUGCUGCAAGAGGCGCGCUUCGACGAGGAGAUGGCCGCCGAUUUGAUAAAUCGCAACGCCAUCAUGCUGGAAGAAACGAGAGACACCAUUACGGUACCUGCGGCGUUCAUGAUCAGAAUGUUGGCGUGCCUCAAUCAGAUCAGAAGGGGGGCAAGGAUCAGAGCGCCGAGAAGAAGAGAAGAUGAUGAAGAAGACGCGGCACAGUAAGGGUGGUUUUCAAGUUCAAAUAAUGUGAAGUGGGCAAAGUUCAAUCCUCUAACUACACUCACCGGCAAUAAAAACGACCACCAAAAAACAUUUUUAAUUCUUGUCCGAUUUUGGUGAAAUUUCAACCAAAUCGUAUAUUCAUGUUUCAGAAUGUUGACCUGAAUAUUAGUACCUAAGAGAAGCUAAUGGCUUGAUCAUUAUACAGGGAAACACAAAAGUCACUCUUCCACCCUCAACUUCUUAACACCAUGUGGCAAAGGUGAGUGGUUAAACUUCAGCUUCAGCUUCAUUAUAUUUUCGAUUGUUAUGUGAUACCUUCCUAACACAAUGGUUUUUGAUUCACGUUGAUAACCACUUUCAACCCUGAGUUUGACCCUGAAACUACUUUUUCCGAUUUUGUAUAUUUCUUCUCAUAACGUUUGAUAGAAGGUCCCAUAAGUCGAGAAAAAAUUAUAAAAACAUUUUCGAUCUCGCUGUUCCUUCAAGAGGAUGGUAGAUUUAAUAAAAUGUUUAUAUUAUAUCAUACAAAAUGCUCAGCAAAAUACUUGAAACUUCUAGAAACUAAUUACUAUGAUAGGCCACAAAAUACAAGGCUGUGAUUCUCUUCAAUUGGGGCAUGAUUGAAAAACCGUCACUAUCGAUCCAAAACUUGACAAAAUCCUAACGAUCGCGAUUGACCUUGUUUAAGAUGUCAAGAUAAUAUAAUGUGAUACUGGCGACAUCUUCAAACCGUCAGCUGAAUCAGAAAAAUAAGGUUUCGUUUUGAAGUCCUUUCAAAAGGACGGUAGGCGUAAAUGGGUUAAAGUGAAGAUUCAACGGUUUUUCGAAAGUAUGGGUUUUUCGAUUUUUAUUAACGAUAAUUCAGAACCAUUCUCCAAUAUGCUGCUUCAUCAUGUUUCGAAUUGAAGUGUGAUCCUAUUUUGUCCCUUCUUAACACAGUAUUUCUAGAUUCACGUCAAUAUCUUAUUUUCAAGAGAAGAUACAAGUAUUUUAAGAAAGUAUGAAAUUUUUAAAUUUUUAUUAACAAUAAUCCAGAACCAAUAGAGCAUCUUAGGGAUGAACUCUAGAGACUCAUUCGUCUUCAUCCGGUCUUGUCAGAGACUGUUCAAGAGUAAUUCAAACUCGAGGAGGGCAUACUCGUUAUUGACUACAGGUCUGCUGUUGGUUUGUUUAUUCUGAUUAAGGUUUUUUGCGGUAAGUGCUAAAAAAUGAGGUAAAAAUAAGUGAUAAUAAUUCCCUAAGUUGUUAAUCAAUAAGUAUAUAUCUAAGAAUUGAAAAAUGACAUACUUUCUCAAAACACUUGUAUCUCCUCUUGAAAAUAAUAUCAUGACGUGAAUCAAAAACAAUUGUGUCAAGAAAAGAUCACACUUCAAUCCAAAACAUGAUGAAGCCAAGUUCAACCACUCAAUCUCGCCACAGGGCGUUAAGAAGUAAAGGGCGAGAGAGUAACUUCGGGUUUUCCCUGUAUAAUAAUUAAUUCAUCAGCCCUGUGUCACCCGGUAUAAUUAGUAUUUCGGCGAGUUCAGCAAUAGGGAAAAAAAUCCUCAAGGUCAUAAACAUGUUUGACGAGAAGAAUUAAUCAUAAUUACCUAUUUGGCAGUUUUGAACUACAUUGGUAGGUAUUAUUGAUUGAUUUAGAAAUCUGGAAUGAGACCAGUCCAAACAAUUUUCUGGUUGUAUGAUAUAAUAAUAAAAAUCUGUUCUGCAGAAUUUUGAAUCUCUGUUAAUGAAUUGAAGACCGACAUCUUCAAGUUUAACUUUCUAAGCCCACUUCCUCUAUUACUCCCUGAAGUAAUCUAACCUGAUAAAAAACGAUAAUAUCCAAGAACAAUUGAUUUAGAAUUAUUUAAUAAUGCUUAGAGAUCCUGGAGAGAGUUUUUCUUUUACAUUCUUUUCUCUGACGAUUUAUUUGAACUAUUUUAGCCAGUAGUAACGAGCGAGAAAAACUAACUCACUGUAUACAAUUGGGGCUUUGAAUUUUUUUAGUUGGUUUGGACUCUUUCCAACCAGUAUAGACAAAUAUAAUAGUUUACAUACACUUGUUAGGUAAUUUUUUAUUACAGGUAGUUAAUUUCUAGGGAUUGUUGUUGAUAUUGAGUAUUUUGUUAUUUAUUCAUCAGCUUUUGACACCUAACAUUUUUUUAAUGAAAUUUAUUGAUUAAUUGCUUCCAUCAAAUUUGUAAUUAUUUUUGUAAAUAGAGGAUUCGAAUGAUAUUUAUUGUUAAAGUGGAAAGAAUUUAGAAUAUAUUUCAUUCAUGUACUAUGGUAUUAAUUUUGUGUGAUUGCUUUUUGCUUUACAUGAUUAUGUGAUUUAUUGUAAAUUUACAAGAAUUUUAGUGUUCACGCAUUAAAUAUUUUUUCAGUU